UCACUGUUCUGGUGCUCAUGAUCAUCGCCUGCAGUUGCUGGUGCUAUAGCUGCUGUAGCUGCCACGGACGUCCCGACCACAGGCGCAGGAAGAUCCAAGUCUGCCCAGCUGUCUAG